CAUGUAUUAUCUCUACCUCUCUCUAUGUUUGUAUGGAGAGGGAGAUAGAGUUCUAAAAUAAUUAUACUAUUUCUCUAUAAACUUUUCAUAGAACUUUUUUUAAUUUGUACAUAAACAAAGGUAUGGAAAAUCCGAAAAGAUUAUCAGUCAGUAAAAGCUUUUCCAACCCGGAAAGACAAGAUUCAUCACAUCCAAGAAACCCGUUCCAAUUCACAUUCCAAUCAUAUCGCGAUAGCAUCUCCAAUUUUUCAGCAGGGGAAUCAAGACUAGUCAGAAACCCGCUAAAAGGAGUGGCUGUGCACCAUCAUCGCGCAGCAUCUGAUGGAUAUCUCAUUGAUAUAGAACAACCAUCCUGGCUUGAUGAGCUCCUUAAGGAGCCUGACUCACCAGCUGGUUAUAAAGCCUGUCAUCGACGAUCUUCAAGUGAUUCUGCUGCACUCUUAAAUUCUGCAUCAAACACAACUGGCCUACUCUUGUCGAGUAAUAACAAUAUAACAGCUGAAAUUUCCGGGACUUCUGGUAAUGUUCAAAAAUCAGGCGGAAGUGUGCUUUCUAAAGCCAUUAUCAAGAAAAAUCAAGAACGAAUUCCACAUGUUAAGAGUGAUAGCUCAAUCACUACCUCAACUGCCUCUGCAUCCAAGUCAGAUUCGAAGCGCGCCAAGCAGCAAUUAGCUAGAAAUUCACGCCUACGGAAACUUCAGUAUAUAGCUGAACUAGAAAGAAGUGUUCAAUUUUUACAGGCAAAAGGUUUUGAAGCUACGGCUGCGCUUCAAUAUCAUAAUGAGGAAAUUCUCAUACUCGGCAUGGAAAACCGAGCUCUGAAGCAACGGUUAGAUAAUAUAUCUCAGGAGCAACUCAUCAAAUACAUGGAGCAAGAUAUGCUAGAGAGAGAGAUAGCAAGGCUUCAAAUGUUAUACCAUCAACAGCAGCAGCAAAAGGAAGAGAACCAAAAGGCUCCUAUGCAUUACCUGCACCAAACCAAAAGUAGAGAAAUUAAAUUGCAAUUGGCUAAAUUAUGCAUAUAGUAUAACGGAGUUUAAUCAUGGGAAGUAUAGUUAGAGGCUCGCGCCAUCAAAGCUUCGACUUCGGUAAAUAUAAAAGUUCAUUUGAAUUUAUAUUUGUAUUUAUUUAUUCCAAUUGAUUAGGGACCUAACAGGGCAUUAAAUAUUAUUAGAGCCCUCUGUCCCUUCUUUCUAUGUUGUUUUGCUAGUCUUUCUCUUCCUUUUUCGGCCAUUGCAGGCAAAGGCAGUUUCCUGCAAAUGUACUUGAAGAUAGUUAACUGAAAUUCUAAAGCAGCAAUCAUUAUACCUAA